AUGCUCGACUUUUCACGCAACAGGCUGCCCACGCAGCUCUUCAUCAACAACGAAUACGUCAGCCCCAAAUCCCCCGCCGUAUUCUCCGUGUCCAACCCCCGCGACAACUCUCUUGUUUCAGACAAGGUGCCCCUCGCCGGUGCAGACGACGUCGACGCCGCUGUUGCCGCUGCGGACGCUGCAUUCCCCCAGUGGAAGGCCAUCUCGGCCUCCGAACGACGCGCAAUCCUGCUGAAGUUUGCAGCCUUGGUGGAGAAACAUGCAGAAGUGCUGGGCGAGCUGACCAGGAUCACCCUCGGCGCCCCAUACCAGGCCUUUGGCCGCUUCGAGGUCGGUCUGUGUGCGGAGUCGUUCCAAUACAAUGCCGGCUGGAUUGACAAGUUUGCGGGCGAGGCCUACCCCCAGGAGAAUGGCUUCAUGCGAAUCACGCGCAAUGAACCUCUCGGUGUGACUGCAGGAAUUGUGCCCUGGAAUGGGCCCAUGGGGACGGUCGGUCUCAAGGCAGCACCAGCCCUUGCGACCGGCAACUGCUUCAUUCUCAAGCCCUCGGAGAAGACACCGUUUGCAGCACUGGCUCUGGGUCCGCUGAUUCGCGAGGCUGGAUUCCCUCCUGGUGUCUUCCAGGUGCUCUCUGGCGACGGCACGACAGGCGCCCUGCUGGCCAGCCACAUGCGUAUCCGCAAGGUCAGCUUUACGGGGUCUAUCGCCACGGGGAAACGCAUCCAGAAGAUGGCAGCGGAGUCGAACCUGAAGCGCGUCACCCUCGAGCUGGGUGGUAAGUCGCCGGCAGUGGUCUUUGACGACUGCAACUUGGACAAUGCAGUGACCUGGUGUGUCAAUGCGAUCACAGCAAACAGCGGCCAGGUCUGUUUCGCAGCGUCGAGGGUCUACGUCCAGGAGGGCAUCCGCGACGAGUUUGCCAAGAGAUACAAGGCUGCCUUGGAGGAGCGUGCUAAAAAGAUCAACGAUCCAGAGAAGGAGGAUACCCUGAUGGGGCCUCUGGUCGACGAAGCCCAAUUCCGGCGUGUCAGUGGAUUCCUCGAGCGCGGAGUGCAGUCUCAUUCCCUGCUCACUGGUGGACAGCCCGUCGACGACAAAGGCUUCUUCGUCCAGCCGACUGUCUUCACGGGCGUCGAACCUAGUGCAGAGCUGUACCGCGAGGAGAUCUUUGGCCCAGUGUCCAUCCUGAACUUCUUCAAGACCGAAGAGGAAGUCCUGCACAAGGCGAAUGCAACGGAAUAUGGCCUGAUGGCGGGCGUCUUCACCCAGGACAUCAACAAGGCAAUGCGAGUUGCCAGUGAAUUCGAGUCUGGCAUGGUCGGCAUCAACUGCAUCAGCCUGAACUUCCUCAAUGUGCCCUUUGGGGGCUCCAAGCAGAGUGGCCUGGGUCGCGAAUGCGGUCGCAGCGCGCUGGAGCACUUUACCGAGCCAAAGACUGUCAUGAUUAACCUGACCUACUGA